AUGUCUUUUCUAUUACCUCAUUUAAAGAGUGGUUGGGCUGUAGAUCAAGCAAUCGUAAUGGAAGAAGAUAGAGUGGUCAUUAUGAGAUUCGGACAUGAUUGGGAUCCAGACUGUAUUAAACAAGAUGAAACUCUGUUUGCAAUUGCAGAGAAAGUAAAGAAUAUGGCUGUUAUUUAUGUUGUUGAUAUUACAGAAGUAAACGAUUUUAAUAAGAUGUAUGAAUUAUAUGAUCCUUGUACAACAAUGUUUUUCUAUAGAAAUAAACAUAUAAUGAUAGAUUUAGGUACUGGUAACAAUAAUAAAAUUAAUUGGCCACUGACAAACAAACAGGAUAUGAUAGAUGUAAUUGAAACUGUGUAUAGAGGUGCCCGUAAAGGAAAAGGUUUAGUCAUUUCACCAAAAGAUUUCUCAACCAAAUAUAAAUAUUAA